AUGCAUAUUAAGAAGGUGAUUAUCGAAGGGUUUGGGAGCUAUGCAAAAGCAGAAAAUCCCGAGUUGUUUGGUCCUGGAAUCAAUGUGAUACUGGGCGUGAAUGGCUCAGGGAAAUCAAACUUCUUCCGAGCAAUUCAAUUUGUCUUGAGUCCUAAGUACAUGAAAAUCGACGAAGAGCAAAUGCGAGGAUUGUUUCAUAAAGGGCGUCACGAUGCCGUAAAUAGAUGUCUCGUUGACAUUGUAUUCGAUAACACAGACGAGCGGUUUCCCGUUGAGUCCGAGGAAGUCGUGAUUCGACGUGUUGUGAGUGGUUCCAGCGACUCUUUCUAUGUGAACAACAAGCUCUACACAAAAGCAUGCGUUUCCUCCUUCUUUCUAGAAACCGCCGGUUUUUCGCGCGACAAUCCCUACUACAUGGUCGAGCAGGGCAGUGUGAAGCAGAUCUGCGAGCUGUCCGACGCAGGCCGUCUCCGUCUGUUGAAAGAAGUGGCGGGAACGCGUGUCUACGAAGAUCGUCGACGCGAAUCGGAAGCGGUUUUGGAAGACACAAAGCAGAAAGUGGACCAAGUGAACGAUUUAAUCAACGACAUGAAAGCGAGUCUGAGCGAGCUGGAGAAAGAGAAGGACAUGCUGGAAGAGUAUCUGCAGUACGAUCGUGAGCGUCGAAUCUGCAUUUACUUCCUGUCCUCGGCGGAUAUCCGCGAAAAGGAGGAAGAAAUCAACCGCUGCAACGCGCGUCGAAAAAUCCACGCAGACGAGCUUGCGCAGCUCCACGCGCAGUACGACGACGUUCUCGACCAGCUCAAGCAGCUCCGCGAGGCGCUCGCCGCCAUCUCCCUCGAAGAAUCCUCGAUCGCCUCCUCCACCUCCCAGCUCGAAACCGAUCGCAAAUCGCUUCUCCAGGAAGUCACGUCCAUGGAGCUCGACCUCGCCGAGCUCAAAACGCGGUUUCAAGAUCAGCGCGAGCGGCAGCAGCGCGACGCCCAGACCGCCGAGCGCUACCGUGCGGAUUUGAUGCAGAGCGGGCAGCGACUGCAGGAGGAAGUGGUUCCGCAGCUGGAGAAGGCGGAGAAGCGCGCGGCCGAGCUGGAAUCGGCGUUCUCUGCGAAGCAGGCGGCGCUGGAAGUCGAGCGAAGCCGGAGGCGCUGGCAGCAGCACGAGUCGUCGGAGGAGCGCGAGGAGGCGAUGAAGCGCGAGCUGGAGCCGAUGCAGAGGGACGUGGAGGCGAAGCGGAGCAUUCUGCAGGGCAUUCAGGAGCAAUUGCAGGCGGCGCGCGCGGACUCGGAGGCGCUGGAGCGGUCGGUGCAGCAGAAACAUCAGCAGAAGGAGGAGCUGUCAACGCGGCAGAGCGAGCUGCGGAGCGAACUGGCGGGGGUUCGAUCGUCGCUGGAGCAGGUGCUGGCGGAUCGGAAGCAGCUGUGGCGUGCGAACGAGACGCUGAACGGGGAGAUCGAGAAGGAGAGCGCGGCGAUCGACGCGGAGCGACGCGAGUUGAACCGUCUGCUGCCUGCAGAUACGCGAGCGAGCAUGGACGCGAUCCAGUCCAUUCCGAACAUCGAUCUCUCGUCGAUCUUCGGCCCCGUCGCCGCGUUGUUCCGGCCUCUGCAAGAGAAGUUCGUCACGGCGCUCGAGAAUACCGCGGGGAUGCGUCUCUUCCACAUUGCCGUGCGGAACGACGCCGUGGGAGCGCAGAUCGUGGAGUACUGCAAGGAGCAGCGGCUGGGGCGAAUCACGGUUUUGCCGGUGGAGCAAAUGCGGGAGACGAUUCGCGAGCCGGAAUUUCCGAAGGACAAUCGGUGCUUUCCGCUGCUGCGAUGCAUCGAAUUCGAUGAAUCGCUGCGACCGGUGAUGCUGAGCGUGUUUGGAAGCACGAUGCUCUGCAAUGAUCUCGAGACGGCGACCGAAAUCGCGGAGCUGUAUCACGUGAACUGUGUGACGCUGUCUGGAGAGAAAGUGGGGAAGCGCGGCGCGAUUCGAGGCGGGUAUUUCGAUAAUCGCGUGAGUCGGCUGCGUCUGUGGCGCUCGGUGGAAUCGAAAGAGCAGGAGCUGAAAGCGAAGCAGGACGAUAAAGAGAACAACAAGCAGAAAUUGGAAGCGAUCCAUCAGCAAGAGCUGCAGUUGCUGACGCAGGAAACGCAGAUCACCUCCACCUCGCGGCUGCUCAGUUCGAAGCUCGCGGCGCUGAUCACGGACGAGCAGGAAGCUCUCGAUCGCUUGCAGCAUCUCGCAGAGCGUCGCGAGCAGCUCGAAGCGUCGCUUCCUUCCGCCGAAUCCGCGCUGCAAGUCGCGCAGACGCGUCUGCAGCAGCUGGAAAGCGACAUUCGCUCGCCUUCUGCAGUGCUGAGCGAAGACGAACUGAAUCGAUUGGAGGAGGAAGUCAAGGCGCUGUCGAGCCAGCGAAGCGAGGCGUUGCAGGAAGUGGAUCAGCUCCGUGUGACGCGUGUGGGACUGGAGACGCGAAGCCGCAUGCUGCAGAAGCAAUUGUUGGAUUUGGAGCAGGAGCAGAGCCAAUCCGAAUCGAUGCUGAACGACCACACGGUGGUACUCAAUGGAGACGAGCAGUCGGUGAUCGCGAAGCAGGAGUCGAUGCUGCAGCGCAAACGAGAAGAGCUGGACGCGCUGCAGAACGAUCUGCAGACGAUGGAGAAUCGCCGACACCAGUUGAUGCAGCAGCACGAUCAGCAAACGGAGCGGGAAAACGAGCUGAAGCGGCAGGAAGAACAGUUCGAAAAGCAGAUUUACAGCGUUCGGAAUACGAUGCAAGAGCUUUUGCAGAAGCGAAACAACGCGAUGGCGCUUCUCGACGAAAAGCGUCGAGAAAUCAGCACGAUUAGCAGCAUUCCGGAAGGCGCCGACCGCUAUCGCGACUAUUCUCCGGAGUUGUUGAAACGCAAACUAGACGAAGCGAACAAGAAACUCUUGAAAUUCGAUAAAGUGAAUCGCAAGGCACUCGACCAAUACAAACUCUUCGAUGACAAACGAAACGACUUCGAUCGCCGUCAUCAAGAAUUAGUCAACGGGAUGGAGAGCAUCCACGGACUCAUUCGCACCUUGGAUGAGCGUAAAAACGAAGCCAUCACGCGAACGUUUAAGCAGGUAGCCAAACACUUCGCCGACACAUUCCACGAAAUGGUGCCGCAAGGCCAGGCCGAGCUUGUGAUGCUCAAAGAGAACCCCUACAACGAGGAGUUCACCGGGAUUGGGCUUCGCGUGCGCUUUGGAGGCGGCGAGGAAUCGUCGAAGGCGCAGCUGUCGGGCGGACAGAAAGCGGUGAUCGCGCUGUCGUUGAUUUUUGCGAUUCAGCGCGCGGAUCCCGCGCCGUUUUAUCUGUUUGACGAGGUGGAUGCGGAGUUGGACACGAACUACCGCGUGGAAUUGGCUCGGCUGAUGCAGAGACAAGCGGAGCAGCAGGGAGCGCAGUGCCAGAUUUUCUGUACGACGUUUAAGCCGGAGCUCCUCGAUGUGGCGACGCGUUUUUACCGCAUUUUGUUACGCAAUGAGACGAGUCGGAUCGAAAGAACGACCCAGGAAGAAGCGCAGGAGUUUGUGACAACACGUCAGUAA